AUGGCUAGCCAAGAUACCGCAAUGGAGGAAAUCCUCUGGCGGUCUCCCCCGCACGUCCAGAUGAUGGGGGGUUACAUCCACUCCAAUAACAUUCUCUUCUACUUUGCCGAGUCCCCUUUCUUCGACCCAACCUCCAACAAUGCCUCCCUCGCCAUCCAAGCCAAUUACAAUGAGGCCUUCCGCAACUUCGUCGAAACGCGCGAAGCGUUCGAGGGCCGUCUGAAGACCAUGUCCGGUCUAGAAUUCAUCGUCGCAUAUGACCCUCUGCAAGCGGCCGCGCAGUCUGACACGCGCUUUGCUCACGAACCAUCUAAUGUCUGGGUUAUUCGAAAGCAAAACCGGCGGAAGCGGAAUGGCAUGGACGACGAGGUAGUCGUGAUCUCGACAUAUUUCCUUGUCGGAGAUUGUAUCUACAUGGCGCCAUCAGUUGCUAGUGUGGUGGGAAACAGAAUUGUACGUUCUUGCUGCCCUGCCUCUUUCAAACUCCCUUUACGCGCAUCACGGCUAACCCUCCACUCUUUCUACUCGCAGCUUUCGGCCGUUACAUCCCUAUCACGGCUCAUGAAGACUGCCUCCACCCUUCCGACAUUCACCCCUUCUUACGGACACACAUACCUCCCGCCCAUGGCGCGGGCCACCGAGUCCGGCGCACAGGCAUCACAGCAAAGCAAAGAAAACACGCCCAUGCCGGAAGCUGCGCCACCUUCAACAUCCGACACACAAGCAACAAGCAGAGCAGGGUUAGGGAUCUCGAACACGAACUCCAGCUACCAUGAUACCCGCAGUCUUGCCGAAUCGUUCAGCCUGUUCACUAAAUAUGGCGACGAGUUCAUGGACGAGACCCCACUAGUAGGAGAACCGGGCUCUUUCAUCAUGUCACGAGUUGGCAAUGAGAAUGACCGCGCAACCAAGAAUGCAGCUGCGCCUAAGUCAUCCCUCGGUGUAACCGCGAACACACCGGGGGUACCUGGUCGAGUCUCAACCCCGCAGGUCCGGGUUGAUACACCUGGCAAGGCGUCCGAUAAGAGUAACUCACCACCUAGCUCUGGUGAGAAUAAAGCCAAGCGGAAAAAGAACCGGGUUGUGAGCUGA